CAGACUCAAUCCCCGCUGCAGCUCACUGCGUUUCCGUAGCCGUAGUUUGUGAGCCCUGACCGGGGAAACAGCUCACGGAAACGAUUGAUCCCGAUCGAAUAACGCGGAAAAAAGCUGGCGACAUAAAUGGCGGAUUGACACUGAUGUCGGAAAGGACUCGCUGAAUCAAUGCUCGUGACUCGCGUGCUUUUGGGAGAGUGCGCUGGUAGCAACACCCUCCGUAACAUGUGAGAUGUAUACAGAAAGAUAUUGACUGUGCGUAAUAUCGGCUAACUAGCUAGCAGCUCCUCAUCCCCCCCACACACUUCUCUAUCCAAUUCAUGGUAGCGAGCUUGAUCUGUUUUCUCAACCGUCUCGCGUCGGUACCGGAGCAAAAUGAAGAAGUUUAACAUUAGAAAGGUGCUGGACGGCUUGACAGCGGCUUCUUCUUCUUCCUCCUCCGCAACUGCCCAGUCGGGUACUCUUAGGGAAAACGACGCUAUCCAGGAGACUCUCCAGUCGGACCAUUUCCAGCUUUGCAAGACUGUGCGUCAUGGCUUCCCAUAUCAACCAUCCUCGAUGGCUUUUGACCCCGUGCAGAAAAUCUUGGCCGUCGGGACCCAGACCGGAGCUUUGAGGCUCUUUGGCCGGGCGGGUGUGGAGUGCUACUGUCAGCAUGAGAGCGGUGCGGCUGUCAUCCAGCUCCAGUUCCUGGUCAACGAGGGGGCGCUGGUGAGUGCCUUAGCUGAUGACAGCAUCCACAUGUGGAACCUGAGGCAAAAAAUCCCUGCAAUCCUGCAUUCCCUCAAGUUCAGCAGGGAGAGAAUCACAUACUGCCACCUGCCCUUCCAGAGCAAAUGGCUUUACAUCGGCACAGAAAGAGGAAACAUCCACAUUGUCAACGUGGAGUCCUUCACUCUCUCAGGCUACGUCAUCAUGUGGAACAAAGCCAUCGAACUAUCCACCAAGACACACCCGGGGCCUGUCGUGCACAUCAGUGAUAACCCCAUGGAUGAAGGAAAGCUUCUGAUUGGAUUUGAGUGUGGGAUAGUGGUGUUGUGGGAUUUGAAGUCCAAAAAAGCUGACUGCCGCUACAGUUAUGAUGAGGCGAUCCACUCGGUAGCUUGGCACCAUGAGGGUAAACAGUUCGUCUGCAGCCACUCUGAUGGCACGCUGACCACAUGGAAUAUACGAAUCCCAGCCAAGUCUGCACAGAUCAUCACACCACACGGAAAGCAGCCUAAGGAUGGAAAAAAGCCAGAACCAUGCAAGCCUAUCCUGAAAGUGGAGUACAAAACAACAAGGGCUGGGGACCCGUUCAUGGUCCUGUCUGGAGGUCUGUCUUACGAUACAGUGGGGAGGAGAGCCUGUCUGACUGUGAUGCAUGGAAAGAGCACUACCGUCCUGGAGAUGGACUACCCCAUCGUAGAUUUUCUAACGCUGUGUGAAACUCCAUAUCCUAACGACUUUCAGGAGCCUUAUGCUGUGCUGGUCCUCCUCGAGAAGGAUUUAGUUUUAAUAGACCUCGGACAGAUCGGGUACCCGAUAUAUGAGAAUCCAUAUCCUCUGACCAUCCACGAGUCACCGGUGACCUGCUGUGAAUACUUUGUCGACUGCCCUGCCGAACUUAUUCCUGCACUUUACUCUUUCGGCAGCCGGCAAAAGAGACAAGGUUACAGCAAGAAGGAAUGGCCCAUUAGUGGAGGAAACUGGGGCCAAGGCACUCAGAGUUACCCAGAGAUUAUAAUCACUGGACAUGCUGAUGGGUCGAUCAAAUUUUGGGAUGCUUCUGCAUUAAUGCUUCAAGUGCUGUACAAGCUGAAGACUGCCAAGGUUUUUGAGAGGGCUCGGGGUAAGGAGGAGAAGGCCAAUACAGAGAUAGUCGAGGAGGACCCGUUUGCCAUCCAGACCUUGUCCUGGUGCCCUGAGAGCAGGAUGCUCUGCGUGGCCGGGGUGUCUGCCCACGUUAUCAUCUACCGGUUCAGCAAACAAGAAGCCACCACUGAGGUUGUGCAGCUUUUGGAGGUGCGGAUGCAGUGUGAGUUUACCGACGGGGAGUCCCCUGAUCCAGGAGGGGAGCAGACCCCCACCCUGCCCACCCCGGGAUCUUCCUCCAGCCCUCAGGAGAGUGAGCCUCCCACUCAGCCCUCCACAGGCAGCAACUCCUCCGACGGACCCAGGGACAAUGUACCAUGCCUGCAGGUGCGGAGCUCCCCGCUGAAGCAGUCUCCGGGCUACCAGGUGGAGCUGGUGAUCCAGCUGGUGUGGGUGAGCGGGGAGCCUCCUCAGCCGAUCACCAGCCUGGCUAUCAACUCCUCCUACGGCCUCGUGGUGUUUGGAAACAGUAACGGUCUGGCUGUGGUCGACUACCUCCAGAAAACUCUGCUCCUCAACAUGGGCACAUCGGAGCUGUACAGCCCUUCUGACCCCUACCAGAGGCAACCUCGCUCCCCACGCAAAGUGCGACAGCCCUCUGGAGCAACCUGUGACUCAAACGAUGGGUCCAACACCUCAGAGGACCGCUGCAAAUCACCUACUUCAGGAUCUACCUCACCUUGCAAUUCUGAUGAUGAACGAAAACAGAAGUUCAUAGAGAAGGUGAAGUUCAAAAGCAGACGCUUUUCCAAGACUGUUGCCAAUGACUUUGCCAAGAUGUCACGGAAAAUUAGCUCGUCUAGCGAGCAAAAGACUGACCUGGCAAAGGAGAGGUCCAAACAAUGGCGCUCUGUCACGUUUAAGAAGCGCAUUUGUUGUUUGAACGAAGGCAAGGCGCCAGCCAGGAUGACCCAGAAGGGGGCCGUCUAUAGAACUGAAUCAGCCCCCAACUUCUAUACCAAGGAUAACUGUUUCACCCGCUCGCGUAGUUCAAGUGUAACCAGCAUAGACAGAGAAUCUCGAGAGGCCAUCUCCUCCUUUCACUUCUGUGAGAGUUACCCCAGGAAGACGGACAGCGUGGUGGGCCCCUGUCUGCUGGUGGGAACCACCCAGGGCACUGUGAUGAUGGUGGCCCUCAGCCUGCCGCCCGGUGGGGACCAGAGGCUGCAGCAACCAGUCGGCGUCUCCUCUUGUGGCAGUAUGGUCGAACUCAAAGGAGGCAUUUUGACUAUGGCCCUGUUGGACGCCACUGGAGCUCUGCUGCCCCCUUCCUACGAGCCGUGGUAUGACCCAAACGCCUCCGAUGAGGAGAAGGAGAAGAGCCGGAGGCGCAGGCCAGCCUCCCCUCCAUCGUCUCAAGAGGGCCAGGAUGCCCAGUUCGCUGUGCUGUGUUCGGAGAAACAGGCCAAGGUGGUGGCCAUGCCCUCCCAAACCCGCAUCUACAAGCACAACAUCACAGAGACCUCCUUCGUGCUGAGGGCUGAUGUUGUGCAGAUGGCCGGAGCUAACUGCAUCGCCUGUUUCUGUGCUAACGGGCAUAUCAUGACUCUGAGUUUACCCAGUCUACGGCCUCUCCUGGACGUGAACUACCUGCCGCUGACAGACAUGCGGAUAGCCAGAACGUUCUGCUUCUCCAACCUGGGUCAGGCCCUGUACCUCACCUCCCCCACUGAGAUCCAGAGGAUCACCUACAGCCAGGAGACCUGCGACAAUCGGCAGGAGAUGCUCAGUGAGUUAUUUACCCCCGUGGAGACACCAGAGGCUCCUAACAGAGGUUUCUUCAAAGGCCUGUUUGGGGGAGGAGCUCAGUCUCUGGACAGGGAGGACCUCUGUGAGUAA